AUUCUUUAUCGGCGUUUCUGUGGCAUUCAGUUAUUCAUUCAAACUAUCGUUGGUUAGCGUUUCUGCCGUGCCGCUGUCAUUACUCACAGUAUUAUUGGAAGCUAAAUAUAUGUCAAAAGCAGCGAUCGUUGAGAAGCAAUCAAUUGAAAUUGGGACUAAAAUUGCCACAGAAGCUAUCAAUAAUAUUAGAACCGUUGCCAGUUUGAGACUGGAAAUGCCUAUGAUUUAUCGCUACGAAGAAGAAAUGAAAAUGGCGUCAUCGAUCAUUCGAAAAAAAAUUAUUUGGCGUGGUCUGGUUAAUUCGAUUGCACAAUCGAUUCCCUUCUUCAGUUAUGCAGUUGCACUUUGUUACGGCGGAUUUUUAGUGGCGAACGGAGAACUUCAUUUCAAAAAUGUCAUCAAAGUAACUGAAGCAUUGUUGUAUGGCACAUUUGAAAUGAAUCAAAGUUUGAUCUUUGCUCCAUCGCUUACUGCUGCUUUCGUUGGAGCAUAUCGUAUUUUCCAAAUUAUCGAUCGUGUUCCGAAAAUUUAUUCACCAGUCAUAGCUAAUAAGAGUCGUAAACCGGAUACAAGCAAUGACAUUGAGUACAAAAAGAUCGAUUUUCGUUAUCCGACCAGAUCCGAUGUGCAAAUACCCAAGGACUUCAACUUGAAUGUGAUCGAUGGAAAGACGAUAGCUUUGGUUGGCCCGUCUGGAUGUGGAAAAUCCACUUGUAUUCAGCUGUUACAGCGAUUGUACGAUCCCGAACACGGUCGCAUCCAUAUCGGUCUAGACGAAAUAUCCACUGACAUUUCACUUAAAGACUUGAGAUCGAAACUGGGCAUUGUCUCACAAGAGCCUGUGCUGUUCGAUAAAACAAUCGCCGAGAAUAUUGCGUACGGAGGUAAUUCGCGAGAAGUUACGAUGGGAGAGAUUAUAAAGGCCGCCAGGUUGGCUAACGCACAUGAAUUUGUUGCCAAAUUACCAUUGGGCUACGAAACGAAUUUGGGCAGUAAAUCAGCGCAAUUAUCCGGAGGCCAGAAGCAAAGAAUAGCCAUCGCUCGUGCCUUGGUGAGAAAUCCAAAGAUUCUUUUGUUGGAUGAAGCCACAUCUGCCUUAGAUUUACACAGUGAACAGGUGAUUCAACAAGCUCUCGACUCGGCCCGAUCAGGUCGCACAUGUUUGGUGAUCGCUCAUCGCUUGAGCACCGUUCAAAACGCCGAUGUGAUUUGUGUUCUACGCGGUGGCAACAUCGUUGAGUACGGAACUCACAACGAACUUUUGGCAUUGGAUAGCAUUUACACGCGAUUAUACAACGCUCAAAAGUGAUUGAAAUGAACAGAAUUUUAGAAAGUUAUAUGAAAAUUAUAACUAUUAUGUA